AUUAAAUUCAAAAUUUUCAAUUCAAUUCAUUAAUUUAUUAUCUUUUCUUCUCCUUCAUGUCUUCUCUAACCUCUCCUCCCACUAUACAUCGUCCUUAACUUUUCCUUUUUCUCGUUCAAAUGAAUCCAAUUCCUAUAAAGCUUUCUUUAAUUUUUCUCUCCUAUUUAACCCAAACCCAUUUCAUAUAACGUCAAAAAAAACAUUAUUAGGUCUUCAUUAACUCAUCUCCAAGAAAACGAAAAAAAAUGGUUUUUGUUAAUGAUCAUCAAGAUCGGUUCUGUUCUUCUACACGUAAGCAGCUUCCUCUGUUUUCAUAUCCAAUGAAUAACAUUGCAUAUGAAACUACUCCGGGAUUAGCUACACCUCCGGUUAACAUCGCUGGAUCUGUUCCUUUUCUUUGGGAAGAAGCUCCGGGAAAGCCUCGUCGUGUUAAAAAACCGGCGAGGUUGAAUCAGAAAGGUGUCGUGAGAAGUCUUGAGCUUCCUCCGAGGUUAGUUUUACCCGGAGAAUCAACGACGGUGAAUGAGCCUUCUCCGACUACUGUUCUUGAUGGUCCUUACGAUUUACGUCGUCGUUCACUGUCGCUUCCGAGAUCAGCGGCUGUUAUUAGGAAGUUGAGAGGAGUUCCGGCGCCGGCGCCGGAGAAAGAAGAGAGAUUGGUUGGUGGGUCUAGUAGAUGGGGAAGUUUUGGGAAUUGUAAAGAGGUGUCUGAGGGUAUUUUCGACUUUUCACGUUUUAGAGAUGACGGUUAUGAUUGCCGGCGGGAUUGGGCCGGUGGAGGAGGAGUUGGUAACUUCGCCGGAGACGCAAAAGUGAAACUUUAUAGGAUUAUAAAGAAAGGAAGCUUUUUUAAUCUCUCUCAUACAACAAAGUCAGAUUUUUGGGUAAGUUUUUAUCAAAAGUUUCAUACUUUUUCCUAAAUUUCUAACACUUUUUUUUAAUUUUUGGUUUAACUUGAUGAUUAAGUAAUGAUCACAUUUUAUUGGAUGUUUCCGGAUUAUGAAGAUUAACCUUUUCAUUGGAAUGUUAAUUUUUUUGCAACAACAAAAAGAAAAAUUAUUGUCAACAUUUUUAUAAUAAGCGAUUAAAUUUUGUGUAUAAUAUACUUUUUUUUGGGUACGUGAAGGAAGUAAUAGUGUAACACAAUUAUUCCAUAGUUAAAAAUGCAGGCAAGGGUUUACGAAGGGUUUAAGCAAGUGAUUCCAUGGAAGCGUAAGCAAGAGAAUCUGGAAAGAACAAACUCUUCCAUUGUUUAAAUAUCGAAUCUCUUUAAUAUAUAUAGUUUGACGAUAUAUACUAAUUAGUCUUCUAUUGUGUAUACUUUAUUUUAUACAAUCUGUCAAGGAAACACUUUAUAUUAUAAUUUACAAUGACAAUUAGGGAUUUCAUGGUUGCACAAAAAAAUUGUUUUUUAUUUUAUCUUCCAUGCGUUUUCUUUUUAUAAGUUGCUACUAAAAUUGUAUUGAUACACGGAUUUUUGUUAAAAAAGAUGCAGAGAUAAUUUGUUUAAAGUAAUAAUAUGAACAAGAAAAUCAGCCAAACAUUAU